AUGGAAGCAAUUUUGGACUUUUCUACUGAUCUAGACAUUGCCUUGUUUGAUCAAACAGUAGAUGCUUUUUACAAAGGCUCUGGAGAAAACCAAAAACAAGCACAAUCUGUUUUGAAUCGAUUUCAAGAACAUCCUGAAUCUUGGAAAUUCGUUGACAACAUAUUGUCCAAUUCAAGCAAUCCACAGUCCAAGUACAUUGCAUUGUCAUGUUUGAACAAAUUGAUCCAAUACAGGUGGAAAAUGAUUCCAGAAGAUGAACGGAUUGGAAUAAGAAACUUUAUUGUCAAUAUGAUCAUCUCAUUGUGUAACGAUGACACUGAAUUUGAAACGCAACGUGCUUUAAUAAACAAGAUUGACUUGACUUUGGUUUCUAUAUUGAAACAAGAAUGGCCUCAUAAUUGGCCAGAAUUUAUUCCUGAAAUAGUGGCUAGUUCAAGAUCCUCAUACAAUGUAUGUGAAAAUAAUAUGAUUGUUCUUAAACUAUUGAGUGAAGAAGUAUUUGACUAUAGCCAAGAUCAAUUGACUCAAGCUAAAGCUCAACAAUUGAGGAUAAGUAUGAAGAAUGAGUUUGAGAAAAUUUUCAAGUUGUGUUAUGAAGUGUUGGACAAAACUACAAAAUCAUCAUUGGUUAUCGCCACAUUGAAUGCGUUGUUGAGAUAUAUUCAAUGGAUUCCAUCAAACUACAUUUACCAGACUAACUUGUUGGAUAUCUUGUCUACUAAAUUCUUGGCACCAGUAGACACCAGAGCAAUUGCUUUGAAAUGCUUGACAGAAAUUAGCACUUUGCCAGAGGAAAACACCAAAACAUUACUUUUUUUCAAAAACACCAUGGAACAAUUUUACAGUAUUGUGCCGAUUACAACAAACUUGAAGGAAAGUUAUCGAGUUGCUUCAAGUGCAGACCAAUCAUUUUUGCAAGAUAUGGCCAUGUUUUUGUGUUCAUACUUGGGAAAUCAUUUAUCAGUGUUGGAACAACACGAGGAGGCAAAAGAGCUACUUCAAAAUGCGUUAGUUUAUUUGUUGCAAUUAUCCAGAAUCGAUGAACGUGAAUUAUUCAAAACUUGUUUGGACUUUUGGCAAUUAUUUGUGCAUCAAUUGUUUGUGGAGACUAGGAACUUACCAAGAGACAACUUGAGUCCCAUGUUGCAAUUAUCGUACGGAAGUACCAUUAAAGCAGGCACUUCAGGCGGGGCUCCUGAUCCUACAGAGCUAGCCAAAUUCCCUUUGAGACAACACCAGUAUAGUGAGAUUUUGUCUAGGUUGAGGUUGGUGAUUAUUGAAAAUAUGGCUCGACCAGAAGAAGUUUUGGUUGUAGAGAAUGACGAGGGUGAAAUUGUUCGUGAGUUUGUUAAAGAAAGUGAUACUAUUCAAUUGUACAAGUCGAUGAGAGAAGUGUUGGUAUAUUUGACCCACUUAAACGUGCUCGACACUGAGCAGAUUAUGAUUGAAAAACUUUCGAGACAGCUUGAUGAAAGUGAAUGGUCGUGGCAAAAUAUAAAUACUUUAUGUUGGGCAAUUGGAUCGAUAUCUGGAGCAAUGAAUGAAGAUAUGGAAAAGAGAUUUUUGGUCAAUGUCAUCAAGGAUUUGUUGUCGUUGACGGAAAUGAAAAGAGGCAAAGAUAACAAGGCAGUUGUCGCAUCCAAUAUCAUGUACAUUGUUGGUCAAUAUCCAAGAUUCUUGAAAGCUCAUUGGAAGUUUUUGAAGACAGUGGUAAAUAAGCUUUUUGAGUUUAUGCAUGAAACACAUGAAGGUGUUCAAGACAUGGCGUGUGACACAUUUAUCAAGAUUACCACCAAGUGUAAGCGCCAUUUUGUUGUUAUACAACAAAAUGAACGAGAGCCAUUUAUUAACGAAAUCAUCCGAGAAAUUCAGUCAAUCACUGAAGAUUUACAGCCGCAACAAGUUCACACAUUUUAUGAAGCAUGUGGUAUAAUAGUGAGCUCUCAAACAAACAAAGAAGCUAGGGAUAAGUUGUUGGGUGAGUUGAUGGCAUUGCCCAACAUGGCAUGGUCCUCAAUAAUACAGCAAGCAGGUCAAGAUCCAACGUUGUUGACCAACACCGAGACUGUCAAAAUCAUUGCCAAUAUAAUAAAAACCAAUGUUGCUGUUUGUAAAGCUCUAGGUCCUGGGUUCUACUCACAAUUGGGUGGGUUGUAUGUUGAUAUGUUGUCAUUGUACAAAGCAGUUUCCACAAUGAUUUCGGAUGCAGUUGCCAAGGAUGGAAUCAUUGCCACCAAAACACCAAAAGUUCGUGGGUUGAGAACUAUAAAGAAGGAGAUUUUGAAAAUGAUUGAAACUUAUAUAAACCAGGCCGAAAACUUGGAGGAAAUUGUUCGAGACUUGACGUCAUCAUUGUUUGCGGCUGUUCUAGACGAUUACAGCUCGAAUGUGCCUGACGCUAGAGAUGCCGAGGUUUUAAGAUGUAUGACUGCUUUGGUUGCCAAGGUUGGCCAUUUGAUACCCGAUGGGGUUGUGUUGAUUUUGCAAAAUGUGUUUGAAUGUACUUUGGAUAUGAUCAAGAAUGAUUUUGUUGAGUAUCCUGAGCAUAGAGUUGAGUUUUACAAGCUUUUGAAGGAGAUCAAUGCCAAGUCAUUCCAAGGCUUGCUACAAUUGUCAGGAGAAGCAUUCCAAUCAUUGAUCAAUGCCGCACUUUGGGCUUUCAAACAUAAUAAUAGAGAAGUUGAAGAUAAUGGGUUGUCGUUGACUUUGAACUUGAUUGAAAAUGUCGAGAAUUUGGGUGAUACUCCCUUCACCAAGGCGUUUUAUGAAAAUUUCUAUUUCCAAAUCUUGUCGGACACAUUGUAUGUUUUCACCCAACCCGAUCACAAGGCUGGUUUCAGAUACCAAUCGCAAUUACUAGCACAAUUGAUACAUUUAGUCGAGGAUAACGUCAUCAAGUAUCCACUUUACACACCGGAUCAAGCGCCAGAGGGAACGACAAACUCUGAUUUCUUGAAGCAAUAUCUUUCACAAUUGUUAUCAUCGGCAUUUGAUAAUUUGCAACCGGAACAGUUGACCAGUUUCUUGAAGGUUAUAACUUCAGUAUAUGACGAUUUGUUCAAGUUUAAAGCUACAUUGAGAGAUUUCCUUGUGCAAUUGAAGCAGUUUGGGGGUGAUCCUACUGAUUAUUUGUUUGCUGAGGAUAAAGAAUUGGAAAAGAUUGAAAGCGAUCGUAAACAAAGAGAAAAAGAUUUGCAAGUAGGUGGGUUGAUUAGACCAUCCGAGUUGGAUGAUGAUUGA